AUGGAAAAACCCACUUUACAAUUGAACUCUGAUGAUUCACAGCCCCCAUCAAAUUCCUUGGCUAUGUCAAACCCAGAAAAAACUCUUUUGCAAUCAAACUCUAAUGAUUCUACUACUAACAUUAGCCACCUGCUAUUUGCAAUUCUUGGUUCUGAGGGAGCAUGGCAUCACAGGAAGGGCUAUGGAGAAGCAUGGUGGAGACCGAAUGUAACACGAGGGCAUCUCUAUCUUGAUACAGCUCCAGAAGGAGAUCUUUUGCCUUGGUCUUCAGCUUCACCUCCUUACAGGGUCUCAGAGAAUAUAGAGAAACUCAUAAAAGAGAUCGCUCCAGCUGUGCCUCCUAUUAUUCGUUUGGUACAUACAAUUCUUGAAGCGUUUAAGGAGGGGGAUAAAGAAGGAUUCAGAUGGCUCGUUAUGGGGGAUGAUGAUACUGUAUUUUUUGUUGAUAAUUUGGUUGAUGUUCUUGCAAAGUAUGAUCACACAGAUUACUACUACAUUGGCUGCCAAUCCGAUUAUGUUAAGUCGAAUUUUUGGUUCUCAUUUAACAUGGGAUUUGGUGGAGCAGGAAUCGCGUUAAGUUAUCCUUUAGCAAAAGCUUUAGCAAAGGACAUGAAUGGUUGUCUGAGAAGAUAUGCACAUAUGAAUACUUUUGAUAUAAUUGCCAUGUAUUGUAUAUCUGAUCUUGGAGUAAAUCUAUCUCCCCAGAAAGGUCUUCAUCAGGUAGAUAUGAAUGGCGACAUUUCUGGUUUCCUAUCAGCUCACCCCAAGACACCCUUGUUGUCCCUCCACCAUUUUGAUGAAGUAGAGCCAAUUUUCCCUGGCAUGGAUCGUGCAGAAGCCAUUCGCCACUUGAUGAAAGCAGGAAAUAUUGACCAGUCACGUUUGUUGCAGCAAACUAUCUGCUUCCAUAGGAAACAUAGAUGGACAGUUUCCAUUUCAUGGGGCUACUCAGUCAAUCUGUACGAGAGAAUAAUACCUAGGAGUUGGCUACAAAUCGCUAUUGAAACCUUUCAAAAGUGGGUAGCUCCAAAUGCAGAUCCACCACAUUUUAUGUUCACCACUCGAUUCACCGAGAAUGAUCCCUGUGAAACUCCCCAUGUUUUCUUCUUUGAAUCGAUGGAAAAAAUGCCAGGAAAUGUGAUUCUUACAAGCUAUUAUCGAUCAAGGCCUAGAGAGUUACCACCAUGUUUUGCCAGUCUCCCUGCUGAUUAUGUGUCCCAUGUACAUGUUUACUCUCCGGCAACAAAGCGCAGACAAAGCACUAGAUGUGAAUGCUGUGACGUUUCUUAUACGGAUGGGGCCAAAAAUGCUGUCGUCAAAUUUAGAGAAUGCAAGAAGGAUGAGAUCAUUGCGUAG